CUAGUGGCAGCCCGCGGCGCCCGCGGCACGUCUCUCUCCCGCGAGCUGAGGAAACAUUUCUGCCCUGAAUUGAGUAUCUCCCUCCCUCUCCGACCACAGAGCUCGCUCGCUGCCUCCUCUGGGACUCGGCAGCCGUGGGGAGUCCGGCAAAGCCUCGGGCGGGAGGGAAGAGACAACCUCAGGGUGUGAGAGUGUCCCCCGCCCUGGGAAGGGAAGCGAGGACGAGGGGUGGCGCGGAGACCGGGGGAGAACACCGGGCCCCCUGGCGCUCCUGGGCCCCAUCCUCAUUUUGCUGCCUUCUAGGGACUGCUCUGGCUUUCCCGUCCCGAGGCACACACAUCCCCGGAAUAGCCAGGUGUCCCAGGCCGCCCACGCCCGGCUCUCCGCCUAGGGCAGAGAGGCCGGAGGCUCCAGCUCAGCACGCGGCGGGAUGGGCGGCGAGCGCUAGCAGGCGAGCAAGAAAAUCUGCUCGGUCCCAGGCAGCCGCCGCUGCCCCUUUGAUGUUUUGGUACACCGUGCGCAUGCGCCUCACAUUAGAAUUACUGCACUGGGCAGACUAAGUUGGAUCUCCUCUCUUCAGUGAAACCCUCAAUCCCAUCAAAAACUAAAGGGAUGUGGAGAGUCCGGAAAAAGGGCUACUUUGGGAUUUGGUCAUUCCCCUUAAUAAUCGCCGCUGUCUGUGCGCAGAGUGUCAAUGACCCUAGUAAUAUGUCGCUGGUUAAAGAGACAGUGGAUAGACUCCUGAAAGGCUAUGACAUUCGUCUGAGACCAGAUUUUGGAGGUCCCCCUGUGGCCGUGGGAAUGAACAUUGACAUUGCUAGCAUCGAUAUGGUUUCCGAAGUCAAUAUGGAUUAUACCUUGACAAUGUACUUUCAGCAAGCCUGGAGAGAUAAGAGACUGUCCUAUAACGUAAUACCUUUAAACUUGACUCUGGACAAUAGAGUGGCAGACCAGCUCUGGGUGCCCGAUACCUACUUUCUGAAUGAUAAGAAGUCAUUUGUGCAUGGAGUGACUGUCAAGAACCGCAUGAUCCGCCUGCAUCCAGAUGGGACCGUUCUUUAUGGCCUCAGAAUCACAACCACAGCUGCCUGCAUGAUGGACCUAAGGCGGUACCCACUGGAUGAACAAAACUGCACCUUGGAAAUUGAAAGCUAUGGAUAUACGACCGAUGACAUUGAGUUUUACUGGCGUGGGGAUGAUAACGCAGUAACAGGAGUGACAAAGAUUGAACUUCCACAGUUCUCUAUCGUGGAUUACAAACUUAUCACCAAGAAGGUUGUUUUUUCCACAGGUUCCUAUCCCAGAUUGUCCCUCAGCUUUAAGCUUAAGAGAAACAUUGGUUACUUUAUUCUGCAAACAUACAUGCCUUCCAUCCUGAUCACUAUCCUCUCCUGGGUCUCCUUCUGGAUUAAUUAUGAUGCAUCAGCUGCAAGAGUGGCAUUAGGAAUUACAACUGUCCUUACAAUGACUACGAUCAAUACCCACUUGCGGGAGACUCUCCCUAAAAUCCCCUAUGUGAAGGCCAUUGACAUGUACCUGAUGGGGUGCUUUGUCUUUGUUUUCAUGGCCCUUCUGGAAUAUGCUUUGGUCAACUACAUCUUUUUUGGGAGGGGACCCCAACGCCAAAAGAAAGCAGCUGAGAAAGCUGCUAGUGCCAACAAUGAGAAGAUGCGCCUGGAUGUCAACAAGAUUUUUUAUAAAGAUAUUAAACAAAAUGGGACCCAAUAUCGAUCCUUGUGGGACCCAACUGGAAACCUCUCCCCAACUAGACGGACUACCAAUUACGAUUUCUCUCUGUAUACGAUGGACCCACAUGAGAACAUCUUACUGAGCACUCUUGAGAUAAAAAACGAAAUGGCCACAUCUGAGGCUGUGAUGGGACUUGGAGACCCCAGGAGCACAAUGUUGGCCUAUGAUGCCUCCAGCAUCCAAUAUCGGAAAGCCGGGUUACCCAGGCAUAGUUUUGGCCGAAAUGCUCUUGAGCGACAUGUGGCACAAAAGAAAAGCCGCCUGCGGAGACGUGCCUCCCAACUGAAAAUCACCAUCCCCGACUUGACUGAUGUGAAUGCCAUAGAUCGGUGGUCCCGCAUAUUCUUCCCAGUGGUUUUUUCCUUCUUCAACAUCGUCUAUUGGCUUUAUUAUGUGAACUAAAACAUAGCCUCCCAUGGGAAGCAAGGACUAGAUUCCUCCUCAAACCAGUUGUACAGCCUGACGUAGGACUUGGAAAACACAUCAAUCCAGGACAAAAGUGAUGCUAAAAUACCUUAGUUGCUGGCCUAUCCUGUGGUCCAUUUCAUACCAUUUGGGUUGCUUCUGCUAAGUAAUGAAUACACUAAGGUCCUUGUGGUUUUCCAGUUAAAAUGCAAGUGAUUUGUAUACAUGCUGGCAAGACUGUCUGAGUGUUCCACUUUAUCUGCUGAUGCAGCCUAUAUAGAGGGCAAUUAUUUAGAAGAUAUUCUGAGAGGGCUCAGUAGCAUUGCCAGUCAUUUUGCUGAGAAGUGGUCAUAUCCAGAUACUCCCCAUCUUCAUUUCUAAGGUUGGCAUGCUGUUGAGAUGGCACUGUGUUUAUGAAACAUCUGCAAUGCCAUGCAAACAUGCUUACUGAAGAUGACCUAUGCCUGUCUUAAGGUGAUAAUGGUGUGUCAUGGGAAGAUAGUUCCCACUGGAUUCUAGAAGGUUCUCAUGUAGUUCAAACAGGAUAGGCAGAGUGAAGACAGAGACUUGGUAACCAAUUUGGCCAGUCUCUGCUUGAGCACAGGGAGUCAACUCUGAUGUCUUCCAUUUUGACAUUUCUAGAAACUGGGGACUACUAAACAUUAUCAUGCGUGGUGGCCAAGAAGUGUUUCUAAAAAGCUAUUUCUUGUUGGUUAAAAUAGAGUUAAUAAUCCAGAGAAGAGUGGAAAAUCCAGAAACAAAUGUUGUAACAAAAUUAAAGCAAGCGAGCAGCAUGACCCUUACCAGCCCCACACAGCAUCUGGUCCAUACAUAUUUUGUAUAAUGGCAAAAGGUCAGUGAGAGAGAUUUUUUUCCCCCACUUCACAGGCUUUUGACAGCACACCUAAAGAGGUUUUUAUAGUUUAUCUAAUCAAAAGACAACCACAAAAUAGAAAAGCUAGCAAAAUUAGAAGUAUCUUAGAUGCAGGUUAGAUUGGGAGUCAUUCAAAUAUACUAAUAUAGAGCACAGAUAAAGCUAGGAGACAGGUUGAUUUUCUCAGACAAUGUCAGCUGUCUCUACAACAUUUCCCUUAAGUUUAUUUCU